GCAAGGGCGGAGCGCCAACUCCAGCGGGAAGACAGAGACCGCGACGCGCGGGGGAGCGCGCGGGAGCAAGGAAGAAAGCAGAGCACCCCGUACGCAGCGCCACGGCACGCGCAAGUUGGGGGCCCCCAGGACCCAACCGAGCGGCCAGGGCAGCGGAGCGAGCCGGGAGGAGGCGCCCAGGCAGUUUUCUUCUCGUCCGGAGGCCCCGCUCGCUUCGCUUUUUGAGCCUGAAUUUCUGACUCGAUUCCCGCCCUUGCGGGGCGGCGCCUCCCGGACCGCGCGGCCGCGCCGGGGGGUCCGGGAUGGCGCGUUGGCUCUCCUCAGGGAUGUGGGCAGGGUGCUAGGCUGGGUGAGUCGUGACAGCAGAAGGUCUGGACCCCCAACUCAGCCCGCUGAGACCCCCACACCACUCCACCUGCAGUCUUCGCCAUGGCAGCCCAGAAUGGAAACACUAGUUUUGCGCCCAGCUUCAAUCCAGCUCAAGACCAUACCUCCCCCCUCCCCUUCAACUUUAGCUACGGUGACUACGACCUCCCUCUGGAUGAGGAUGAGGACAUGACCAAGACCCGGACCUUCUUCGCUGCCAAGAUCGUCAUCGGUGUGGCACUGGCAGGCAUCAUGCUGGUCUGCGGCGUUGGCAACUUCGUCUUUAUUGCUGCCCUCGCCCGCUAUAAGAAGCUACGCAACCUCACCAACCUGCUCAUCGCCAACCUGGCCAUCUCCGACUUCCUGGUGGCCAUCAUCUGCUGCCCCUUCGAGAUGGACUACUACGUGGUGCGCCAGCUCUCCUGGGAGCACGGCCACGUGCUCUGUGCCUCUGUCAACUACCUGCGGACCGUCUCCCUCUACGUCUCCACCAAUGCCCUGCUGGCCAUCGCUAUCGACAGAUAUCUCGCCAUCGUUCACCCCUUGAAACCUCGGAUGAACUAUCAAACGGCCUCCUACCUGAUCGCUUUGGUCUGGGUGGUGUCCAUCCUCAUCGCCAUCCCGUCGGCCUACUUCACCACGGAGACGGUCCUGUUCAUCGUCAAAAACCAGGAGAAGAUCUUCUGCGGCCAGAUCUGGCCGGUGGACCAGCAGCUCUACUACAGGUCCUACUUCCUGUUCAUCUUCGGCGUGGAGUUCGUGGGCCCCGUGGUGACCAUGACCCUGUGCUACGCCAGGGUCUCCCGCGAGCUCUGGUUCAAGGCGGUGCCGGGCUUCCAGACGGAGCAGAUCCGGAAGCGGCUGCGCUGCCGCAGGAGGACGGUGCUGGUGCUCAUGUGCAUCCUCACGGCCUACGUGCUGUGCUGGGCGCCCUUCUACGGCUUCACCAUCGUGCGCGACUUCUUCCCCGCCGUGUUCGUCAAGGAGAAGCACUACCUCACGGCCUUCUACGUGGUCGAGUGCAUCGCCAUGAGCAACAGCAUGAUCAACACCGUGUGCUUCGUGACGGUCAAGAACAACACCGUGAAGUACUUCAAGAGGAUGAUGCAGCUCCGCUGGCGGCCCGCGCACCACGGGAGCAAGUCCAGCGCCGACCUGGACCUCAAAACCAGCGGCACGCCGGCCACGGAAGAGGUGGACUGUAUCAGGCUGAAAUAAAUCAGGCUGCCCGGACGCCAGAGCUCUGCGCGUAAUCCGCCGGUAGGCAAGUUAACGCUGGGCUGGCUGCCCGGGGAAGGACCGCUGUGUUCCACGCCUCACGCCCUCGAGGGGCUGGAGGCCGCCCGGUCCGCACAGGCAGUGAGACUCGAGACAGGUAGCAGCAGCUGAGAUUGACUGAACACCUACUGUGUGCUGGCCGCACCAAGGAGAUCCGACAAGGCCCCCGUUACCUACUGUGGGCCAAAAUUAAACAAGACAAAAUGGCCAAAGCUGUUGGAAUCACCAAGCUAGGGCCAGUCAGGGGCCUCAGAUGGUUAUCUCCACUCACUCUCCAUCUCCCUGCCCGCAUUCUGCAUCUCAUCAGGGCAGGAACAUCAGAAGUCUAUAGAAUAAACCACUCAGCCAUGACCAAACGUAAAGAGUUCGUCAGAGUGUGGGGUUUAUAGCCUCGUGGGAAGAGGGUUCAUGCCAUCCCAUUGAACUUUCCCACUCAGUUCCUGCUACCUCCCUAAAGAUAUUCUCUAGGAUUCUGGCUGCGAGAAAAACAGUUUUCUCGUAACCAGGCCAUUGGUUAUCUACAAUGGUGUAAUUUCAAAGGAAAGGACCAAAAAAAUCUCUUUUCCACUGACUCUUGCAAGCUCGUCAUUCUUUUGGGUGAAGACAUGCAGACCUGAAAUGAGGAACACACCCAGUCCCUGACACCUUAGUGUAAAGGGUUUCAGGGCUUGUAAGGUCUGGGAGGAAGGGGACAGAGAAAGGGAUGGAGCUUGCCAUUGGCGAUGACCACAAUCUAUGUGGCGAAGGUCUGGGUCACUUUCUAGGACAAAUCUCUUUUGAGAACAAACGAAAUGAGCUCUACGUGGAAAGGAAAGGCCUGGGUUCAAGUCUUAAUUCUAAGAUUUAUGUGACUGGCUGCUUAUUCUCUCUGCUUCUUCGUUUUGCUUCAGCCAAACAAGGGUGGGAUAAAAACACUUGUGCUGUCUCCCUUACAGGACUCUUGGGAGUGCCCACAGGGGCCAUACGUGGUGGAAGUGCUUUUUAGCUCUACCAGUGAUAAGAAUGAAGAAGUGAUAUUGAACAGUUUGGAUAAGGGAAACCCCAUCCACUGUAACUUAAUGCGAACAAACGUUCCCAAUUUUUCAUUCCUGUUUUUCGGACCAGAGACCCCUGAACUCUUCACAGUGCAACCUAUCCCCUGGGGCAAAAAAAAGGAACCCCUGUCCUGGUUAAAACGUGGAAGAUUUAACCUCAGAAUUUCAGGGACACCUGCCCCUCCCCCCCAACCUCCUCAGAAGUGUUGACAAUCUUCCCUGCAUGUUAAGCAGCACAGGCCUGGGCUGCAUAUGUUUGUAUUAUUAUACAUCCGUGGUGAUUGUGUAUACAUGUUUUCAGUUCUUCCUUGGUCCUUCUGAAGCAGAGACUACUAAUGGCCCGUGGUUUGGGAUUGACCCAUCCGCAUUGGGAUAACUCCUACUUUUCUCUAGAGAAAGGGUUUUUUUGGGUUAUUUGCUUGUUUGUUUCUUAAUUAAUGGUUUGUGUACCCAACAGUGAAGCUUCAGUCAACAUUUUCAUUUUCUUCCAUCACCACCCAGCACACUCACCUUCAGCCCAAUCACUGUACCUCAGAAAACGCAAACUGACUUUAAUAUUAGCUUCAACCAAAUGGUUUGUAAAUUCUGUGUUUACAAAAAUUACAUAAUGCAUUCUAAAGCCAAGCAACUAAGUAUUUGGAGUUAUCUGCUUUUCUUACAGAUACAACUGUGCUUUGAUUUAUUACCCCCAUCCUGACUCUUCUCCUAAUUAAAAGAUUUUUUUAAGAGUAGACUGGGCACCAGUUGUGUCUGACAAAAGAAUUCAGACCCUUUUUCCUUUUUAUCCUAAAAUGUACCAUCCUCCUUUAAUUUAAAUUUAACUGAAACAGCUUUUGUAAAUAUCAGUGCGUAUUUGUGAUUUUCCAGUGAAUAAGUGUUAUGUUGCUAUCCAAUUAAAUAAUCAACAUAUGGAAUCUUAACCACAGUGUUCAAAUGUUUUCCCCACUAAUCUUUUAUGUAUGUUCAUAUAUUUAGAUAUAAACAGUUCAUAUGUUUAGAUAUAAACAGUUCAUAUGUUUAGAUAUAAACCUAAACCGUUCAACCCUGAAACAGAGAAGAAACUUGUUGAAGGCUAUUUAGAACAGUGGCAGCUCAUGCCAGCAUCCAGCCUCCCGUUGGUUACAUGCAUGCAAAAACUACUCCGUGCCUGUGUUACCCCCUCGUUUUCAAAUCAUCUUGUUUGUGUAAUGUAUAUUGCUGUUUGCAUGGAGAUUGUCCAUUCACCUAACUGGUGUUAAAGUAAUAAUUAAUUGCAUUUGUAUUUACUCUGUUCUUCUCAAGACGAAUUGAUGAUAAGUUUAAGAGACUUUUAAUGAGGGGCGCCUGGGUGGCUCAGUUGGUUAAGCGACUGCCUUCGGCUCGGGUCAUGAUCCUGGAGUCCCGGGAUCGGGUCCCGCAUCGGGCUCCCUGCUCGGCGGGGAGUCUGCUUCUCCCUCUGCCCUCUUCCCUCUCGUGCUCUCUGUCUCUCAUUCUCUCUCUCUCAAAUAAAUAAAUAAAAUCUUUAAAAAAAAAAAAAGAGACUUUUAAUGAGCUCAGCUAUGUCAACAUUUAUACAUACUGUCAUAUAUUGAAAAUUUAAACCAGGUCCAUUUCUUUGGCCAGAAAAAGAGAAAAGAUGGCUUUGUGAUGAAGCUAUUAGAGGUUUUUCUUUCAGCAUCCAAUAUCCAAAUAAGUUGAUUCUCAA